AUGGACAGCGCUGAGAAACACGAAGAAAAACGACCUGGAGGCUGUUCAUUGUCCGCCGAACUUCCAAGGUCAGAAACGUUUCCGAAGAAAGGCAUUCUCAAACAUUCCUUCAGUGAUCAGCAACUGCGCAAACACGAUGCGGUGGCGAAUGCGGCGCCAGAAAUUGUUAUCGAAAAACCGUGCAGCAGUUUGGCAGUGCCUGAACAGUAUUCCAGCUAUGUGGUCAAGUCCAAGAUCCCGAAACUGUGCGUUACAUGGGUCGAAAAUGGUACCCCGACCAUCGGCGUGGAAUCUCAAGAUGGAACCAAACUAGGCAAUCUGCAACCGAUGAUCUCUGAGUUCAAGAACAAUGACGAUGGGGCAGAAAACAGCAAAGACGGUCCAAUUGUCGGUUCCUGGUGGAAUGGGCGCGACACUCGGUACGUCGUGCACUGCAGCAAGCAUCACGAUCACACAGUGCAUGACGAAGACUACACAACUCCGACUCAAAGAAAAAAUCAGGAAAUUAUUCUUCUCAAAAAUCAGCUGAAACAAACCGAAGCGGUGCUUAAAGACAGAGAAUCCCACCUGCAGCAACUCCGAGAACGCCUGUCUGAGCUGGAAUCGAUCCUGGACCGUGGUGGCCUGCUGACCGAAAACCACAGACUGAUGACGAAGGUAUCGAAGAUACACGAAAAAUGUCGGAACGAGAAGAAACUCAUCUGCGACCGGUAUGAAGCAGAAAUCAAGCGGCUGCGCAUGCUCUACGAAAAGGAUAAUGAGGAGCUGGAGGAACAGAUGAACUUCGAAUUGGAUGAGAUUCGCACCAAAUUCGUUGACUCCUCCAUCGAAAAGAAAUGCAGCAUCUCAGACACGUGGGACAGCAGCAUUUACAGCGGCGGAACCUGCGAAACUCAGAAAACGACCGUGGCCACAUGCACUAGCGAGGAUUCAACGCCCGAGGGCACUGUUGACGAACUGCAAGCGUGUCAGAACGCAAACAACUUGCUGAAAAUGCGUGUUUCUGAGCUGGAAUUCGCUCUCAGACAGUUUGAAGGCAAUGUUAACAACGGUGAUGGAUGUGGCAACGGUCAGUGUGCAUCGAAAUUGUGGUUCAUGUCCGCUCAAGUGGAGGCUUAUAAAAAUGAAUGCAUUAUCUGGCGAACGAGGGCGUCUGAAUUGGAGAUUGGCCUGAAAGACCUGCUGAUCACAAAUGGUUCUCUAGAACAGCAGGUGACGUUGCUAGAGCAAGAAAAGAGCUCGCUGCAAACAAGUGCAUCCAAAAUGGUAGAAGAGCACAGGCUGGCCGUGACAGAGUCUCAGGAUUUCGAAGAAAUCGAGGCUGAGCCUGGAUUAAGCGAAUCUUCUUGCGAAGACAGGCAAAGACAUGCUCUGUCGCUGGCCGGCAAUUCGCAGCUGGUCUCUUGCCCUCUCAAUGCCGUCACAGAGUCUACAUUAACUGAACUGUCAAAUGAAAAUCAGAAUUUACGCAAGGAGGUUGCGCAAUUGAACAAUGAUCUCAUGACAUCGGAAAAGAAUCGUGAACAGCUGAGAAACGAACUUGUGCAGAAAUCUGAAGAGCUUAGUUCAAGUCAGCAGUUGUUGCACGAUGUGGAACAACGACUUUACGAUAAAUGCAACGAAGUAGAGAAGGUAGAGCUGGACGUAGUUAAGCUUAAGGAGCGAAAUCUCAGUCUUCAGCAAAGCCUCCAAAAGUCGAAAGAUAAACUGGAGGAAAUGGAGAACAUAAUGCAUGAAUGUGGGAUUCACACUUUUUCUUCGAUUAAUAAAAAUAAAAGUAACUACAAAUCAUCAGAGACCGUUUACCGAGACAGAGACGUUCAAACAGAGCUUUCAUUUUCAGAAGAAGUUCAUAUGGAGCAGCAGUUGAAAGUCAUUAACGACGAAUAUGAUGAUUUGCAAAAGAAAUACGAUAAUGAAACAAAAGAACUUGAGACAAAUUUGGCACAAAUGUCGGAAAGCUUGUCCUUGAAAAACUCACUCGUCAACAACCUCACAAUCCAGAUUCAGACAUUUUGUGAAGAGUUCGAAAGUAUGCGACAAGGUUUCGAGCGUGAACGUUGCAGCUACGUCAGUAAGAUCGAACAGUUGCAGAACUUGACGAUGCAGAUCCCUGUUCUCCAACAAAACCUCGAAAUGGCCAGGAAUGAGCUGAUCGAAUCGGAGGAGAAAUUUAACGAGGAACGUCAAAGUUUCCAGAACACGAUGGAAAGUUCGCUUUCCGAAAGUCUCAGACUGCAGACAGAAACGUGCAAUUACUGGCGUUUGAAGCUGGCUGAAGUCGAGAAGAAAAGUGAAUGUCAAAAACGGAAACUAGAUGAAACGAAUAAGAAGCUAAAUGACACUUCAGUGAAGUUCAACAUCGAAAACUCAAAACUCGCCCAGCAGGUGAGCUCAUCGCUUGUCGAAAUCACAGAGUUACGAAACAAGCUGAACGUAGCCAGAACGGAGAAGGCCAUUUCAGCUGUUCCCGAAAUGGUGUCCUGCGAAGUUCUGUGUGUGCCAAAGAUGAACGCAGCUGGGACGGCCACAGACCAGGCAGAACUGCCUGAUGAAAAGGACCACCGAAUCAUUCAGUUGGCCAGCCGUCUUGACGGUUCCUUGACCGACUGCGAUCGACUGCGAGAGGAGACGCGAUUUCUGCUCGCAAAGCUACAAGCCACCGAAGACACAUGCAGUCAAGCACAAAGCAAAAUCAACGACCUCAGGCAGCAAAUCGCAGUCGACGCUGCGCAGAGCGAAAAGGAUGAACUAUUGCGAGCCGGAAACGAACAACAACAAGCCCUACUGAAAGAUCUAGAACUCUGCAAGGCGAAGCAGUCCAGACAACCAGCGGUUGAUCGGGCCGUACAAGUCAGGUCGUUCCUGGUGCUGUUGAACAAAGAGGUACAAACGGAAGCUAAUAUCAGCAAUCUGAAACCGAGCGAGGUAUUUCGGAUUUAUUCUCCGUUUGCAUUGGUCAACGACAUGUCGCGUACCGUUGAACAAGCGGGGGACAUUGUUGCUUGUGCACAAGACGAACAUGUUUACGUAAGUGCGGCACAUGACUCGUUCAAUCUGGUCGCCGAGCAUCUGAAUGUGCUGGACUGGCUGAAGGAAGUGCUUCCGGAUAAACAGUCCGAAAUCGAAGCUCUUGCUAGUCUUCACAAGCCUGAGGCAAAGAGUGCGGCCAACCCUGAAGGCCCGUGUAUGAUUGAGCGGGACCAACUCAGAAACCAGUACUUGGAGUUACUGUCCUUCUAUCAGGAAAUAAGCGCUGAGUUGGCCCUGUACAAGGCCGAAGACAGAAGAAAAGCUGAAGAAGGUCGAGAGAUGAUCGUAAGGCACAUCAGUGACUUAGACCUAACGGUGAAAGAAGAGAAAGAAAAUGCAGUCCUAAAGCAGAUGUUGAAUGAAACGUGCAAGCAGCUAAUUGCCACCAAGCGCAAAUCAGAACAGUUGGAGAAGGAGAAAAAUCGCGUCACGUAUGAAUUGGACAUUUUGAAAGGAGAGCAUGCGCUGCUGCAAGUCAGAGGCUGUCAGCAGUAUGAUGAGGCGAUGAAAAAAGAUAAGAAACAUUUCGUCAAUCAGUUUCAGCAAACUGACGCAAUGUGCAUCAAGGAGUUGAAGGAAAGUUCGGCGAUGAAGGAGCUGAACGAAUUUUUAAGAAAUAUAGACAGGGCAGCCGAUGACGUACUGCACAUCGAGUUAGACAUUAGUAAUCUGAACGAGGAAGCAGUAAGUUGGAAAAAGAGCAAAAUGCAGGCACUCGCAUUAACGAAGGAGUUUCAAGAGGUGCUGAAAUUUACAAGAACUUGUUUGUCACGCUUCACCACCAUCGCCGAGAAGUUGGCGUUGAAACACGAAGUGGAAAUCAGUGCCCUAAAACAACAGCUGGAGAUGGCUGAAUACAACUUUGCAUUGCUUUCAUCGGAAAUCGAGAGGUACAACGACAAACUCAAUUGGCUCAAAAAAGUUGGUCACUCGUCGGAAUUCAAGUACCUCGGUUCGACAGCGGGGUUACGGAAUAACGACAUGUCCAAAAGAAAUUCUAAUGACACCAAUUCUUCGACCAUCAACAGCAGCAGGACGGGGAACCGCUUUACUGGAUCGUAUUCGGGAUAUCCGACCCUGAAUACUGCCAACAGUUCUUCAAAUUCAGACGACAACGCGGUGAUCCUUCAACAGUGGAAGCAAUUCAGGUUAGAAAGGUUUCUAGAGAAGCUGAAAAAGAAGGAUUCGAAUUAUGCCGCUGAACUGAAGCAAAUUUUGGAUUUGGAUAAGUACGCAGCUUUGCAGAGGGUAUCUGAAAAUCGACCUGACCGAAAUAGCGGCAAUGCCGAAGUCGACAAUCAUCAAACUUCGCUAUUGGAAGAUGACGAAUCAACGAAUGAAGGUUCGAGCACUAGUUAUUACUCGCUGUCGACAGGAACUUCCGAAACGAACACGCUGCAUUCCGAAGAAAAUGUCUGUGGAGACCGAUCGGGUACUGCAACUCAAACGUCGCGAUGUGAUCAGCUAUUGAUGUAUCCGGAACGCCUUGUGCUCCUGGUGGACGAUCAGCGUGGUGAUUCACCCGUCUGUGGAACAUAUGAAUUGAAAACGGAGGUUUCGGAAGACGAGCUGGCACUGCGUUUCUUACGCGAAUCUGUUUAUUACUACUUGACAGACAAGGAGUCGCGAAAUCAACUACUCGCCAUUAUGAACAUCUUGAAAUUUUCCGAUGACCAGCGGUUAGAGAUUAUGAAAAGUAAACGCUUUCACUGA